AUGGCUUCACCAUUUUUCUUCAUAGGAAAGAAAGACGGAGCACUACGUCCCUGUCAGGAUUACCGAUACCUGAAUGAAGGGACGGUGAAGAACGCCUAUCCUCUUCCGCUCAUCUCUGACCUUAUGGAUCAAUUCAAAGGCGCAUUGAUCUUUACGAAAAUGGAUUUACGCUCCGGAUAUAACAAUGUCAGAAUCAAAGAUGGUGACCAAUGGAAGGGUGCAUUUAAGACAAAUCACGGACUUUUCGAACCUAUGGUCAUGUUCUUUGGACUCUGCAACUCCCCGGCGACUUUCCAAAUGAUGAUGAACGCACUCUUCAAGGAUAUGAUCAAUGAGGGAUGGAUAGUCAUUUACAUGGAUGAUAUCCUCAUCUUCUCAAAUGAUUUGGAAGAACAUCACGUUCAAACCCGACGCGUACUCCAGCGACUCAAAGACAACGACUUAUUCCUUAAACCGGAAAAGUGUUUCUUUGAUGUUAAAGAAGUCGAAUUCCUAGGCAUGAUCAUUCGAGAAAACUACAUUGGCAUGGACCCUAUCAAACUUAAAGGAAUUGCAGAAUGGCCUGAACCAAGCACGGUAAAAGGUGUUCGCUCUUUCCUAGGGUUUGGAAACUUCUAUCGGAAGUUUAUUGCCAACUUCUCGGAUAUUGCCAAACCAUUGACGAAUCUUACGUGCACUGCCGCUGGAUCUCCACCUUUUGAAUGGACGACAGAAUUACUGUUACUGCCUGACAAGGCAAAACCCUUUAUUGUUGAAUCUGACGCUUCCAAGUUUGCUACGAGUGCAGUUUUACGCCAAGCCGACAUCAAUGGAGACCUCCAUCCUUGUGCCUACAUUUCACAGACGCUCAAUCCAGCUGAACGGAACUACGAAAUCUACGACCGCGAACUCCUCGGAAUCAUUCGAGCCCUCACUGAAUGGCGCCAUUAUCUUGAAGGCUCUCCCCAUCCCGUCGAAGUUCGCAGUGAUCACAAGAACCUUACGUACUUCCGUACAGCUCAGAAGUUAAACUGCCGACAAGCACGAUGGAGUCUCAAAUUAUCACAAUUUGAUCUUCACCUCAUCCAUGUCCCUGGCACUCAGAUGAUCCAAUCUGAUGCACUAUCUCGUCGUAACGGACUCGAUGACAGUGAAAGUGACAAUGAAGAUCGCAUUCUUUUACCCAACGCACUAUUCGUGCGAUCCAUUUCCCCGACACUAUUCGAUGAAAUCAGAAAUCACGCAGCAAAAGACCUCAUUGUUCACGAAGCCCUCGAAGCAAUUGCGCACAAAGGGCCAUUCCCCAUGAAAUCAUCGCUUUCCGACUGGGAAGUUCAUGAUGGUGUCAUCCUCUACAAGGGAAAGAUUUACGUUCCACCAUCCAAAACUCUUCGUCGUGACCUCGUUCGACUACAUCACGACUCCCCUGCCAUGGGUCACCCUGGAAAGUUCAAUACUCUUGAACUGUUACGUCGUGAAUUCUGGUGGCCCGGCAUGUAUACAUUUGUCUACAAUUAUGUUGAAGGCUGUGCCGCCCGUUAA